AUGACGAAGGAUGACAGAAAGCGGAAGAAGCGCAGCGGCGAAGACAGCGAGAGCGACGGGGAGGAGGAGGGGAAGGGGAGGCGAGGCGAGGAGGGGCGGAAGGAGAGGAAGGAGAGGAAGGAGAGGAAGGAGAGGAAGGAGAAGGAGCGAAAAGGAGGGCGACGGGAGAAAGGCGAGAGGCGACGGAAACGACGGGAGAAGAAGCGACGGUCUUCAAGCGACGAUGACGCCUCGAGCUCUGAUUGGUCGGGCUCCAGUCGAAAUAGCAGCAGUAGUGAGAGCGAGAGCAGCAGCGAUUCCGAUUCGUCGUCAGAUCAUGGCAAGAAGCGUGAGCGGCGGCGAGAGAAGCGGGGAAAGGAGAAGGAGAAGCGGAGAAGGAAGGAAGGCGGGAGGGGGCACGAGCAGGACGGUGAGUCGGCAGAAGAUCGGUUGGAGCGGGAUUUGCGGCGGAUGAUGCGGGAGUUCCCGUUGGACGUGUCGCACGACCUCGUGCGCCUCCUCGAGCGCGUCGACGGCGGCGAGGCGGUCGACGUUGGCGGCAUCCCGGACCGCCGCCUCAAGAAGCUUCUCGGAAGCAUCUUCCGCUCGCUGGGGAUUGAUUCUCAAGGCAAGAGCAAAGGGAAAGGCGGUAAGAGCAAGCGCGCCUCGCUCUAUCAGCUUCCCAGUGCGGCUCCGCGCUGCCUGCCACGUGUCGUGCCGCUAGUGGCCAAACUGCUGCAGAAUCUGCCAGAUCCUGAAGCUGCUGCUGCUGGGGCUGGAAAUGCCCUCCCUCCACACCGCCCCCCCUCCCUCCACACCGCCUCCCCUCCCUCCACACCGCCCCCCCUCCCUCCACACCGCCUCCCCUCCCUCCACACCGCCCCCCCUCCCUCCACACCGCCCCCCCUCCCUCCACACCGCCCCCCCUCCCUCCACACCGCCCCCCCUCCCUCCACACCAACCAACCCCCGCCCUCCCGCCCCCAACUCCCCCCAACUCUUCCUCCCCCCCUUCCCCCCUCCCCUUAGCAGCAUGGGCCCCGCCAUGCCCACGGCGGCGCAGCUGGUGCCCUCACAAGCUCUCCCCGCAAAUCAUCCCAUCUCCCCCCAAUUCCCCAUCCCCCUCUCCUCAUGUCCCCGGCACCAGCAUGGGCCCCGCCAUGCCCACGGCAGCGCAGCUGGCGGCUGCAGCAUCGCUCACGCGCGCCGUGGAGGAGAUGGAGUGAGUUGGGGGGGAUGGCGAGAGGGAGUGCAUGGGGUGGGGGCGAGGGGUGGGGGCGAGGGGUGGGGGCGAGGGGUGGGGGCUGGGCGUGGCCGCAGCGUCGCUCACCCGCGCUGUGGAGGAGAUGGAGUGAGUGGGGGAAGGGAGAUGGAUGCAGUGAGAGGGGGGAGGGGUGGGGAGAGGGGGGAGCGGUGGGGAGAGGGGGGAGCGGUGGGGAGAGGGGGGAGCGGUGGGGAGAGGGGGGAGCGGUGGGGAGAGGGAGGAGGGGUGGGGGAUGGGGGUUGGGCGUGGGUGCACCUGGCGGCUGCAGCGUCGCUCACGCGCGCCGUGGAGGAGAUGGAGGAGGCGGAGCAGGCGCUGCAAGAGAGCCCGUUUGUGGGCCCCAUGCCGCCCGCCCUGGCUGCUGAGGCAGCCAAUGCGACCCAGGCGGAGAAAUACGAGGAGGUGGAGCGCAUUCUCGACCCAGAGCUGACUGCGUACGCCAUCUUGGGGGUGACGCCUGCUGCGGGCGACAGCGAGAUUAAGAAGCGCUACUGGAAAGCAUCGCUGCUGGUGCAUCCGGACAAGUGCAGCCACCCGCUCGCGCAGGAGGCGUUUUUGCGGCUGAACGACGCCGUGAACCGACUCAAGGACCCCAGUAAGAGAUCAGUGGUGGAUGCAGAGAUUGCAGCCAGAGAGGAGCACAAAGAAAUGGAGGCGGAGCUAAGGGCGCUGAGGGAGGCAGCCGAGUGGCGCAAGCUCAGAGGCGAGGCCCUGCCCGGGGAUGACGAGCUGCUGGGCACAGCGAAGCGGGAAGGCAUGGAGCGCGAGACAUGGAUGACAGAGCUGCCUCCUGAACGACAGGCCCGCCCGCCAGCUCAGACCAACACAUUCUUUAGUCGCAGUGACAAGGUGGGACGGGGCGACACGUCAGCAUGGACCGACAACCCCGAGCAGCGAGCUGCCAGAGCCAAGCAACAGUACCUGGAGGCCUAUUCCUCUGCUGCCAAUGCCCUCGAGGGCCCUUCUGCUGACUCAGCUGCCGCCCUGCAGUCACUACAGGACAAGCGCACGGCGGCGCUAGUGGACAAUCUUGCCGCCCAGAAGCAAGCCGUUUCAUUGGUGGAGCAGCACCGGAAGAAACAGGCCGAGGGGGGCAAGAAAAAGAGCAAGGGGAAGGAGAAAGGGAAGGGGAAAGGGGAGGGAGAGAGAGGGGGAGGCGGGAAUGCAGGGUGGCGGAUGUGGGACAGGGAGAAGGAUCUAGAGGUCAAGCCCAAGGCCAUGAAGUGGACGGCAGACGGCAUGGCUCAGGGCCUUUCCGGGCGGUUCUCGGGUGCACAAUCGGGCAGCCGAAAGUUUUUGUAA